AUGGAUCAAAUACCCCUUCUUUAUAGCAACCAAUUGCUUAUUCUUUCUACUAUUUCUGGGCUUAUCAUCGCUGUGAUAGCAUGGCUACGCCGGGAUCGAAGACUAGACUCCAUCCCGGGGCCCAGAACGUACCCCCUUGUCGGCGUGGGUUACAAGCUACCAGCCAAAGCGCCCGCAUUAUUUCGCCAAUGGGCUCAGGAACAUGGCGACGUUUUCAAAAUCCGUGUGGGCUGGUACAAUUGGGUUGUGCUCAACACCCCUGAGGCGGUACGGGAGAUUCUCGAGAAGCAAGCCGUCAAAACUUCCUCCAAGGCGCCUUCCCCUAUGGGCCACGACAUUGUCACCGGUGGUAAGCGCAUGCCAACUAUGCCCUACGGACCGCAUUGGCGGGCACAGCGAUCGGUUGUGCGCCAAGUCACGACUGUCCCUAUGACAGCAACGUUCGUGCCUAGUCAAGAAUUCGAGACAAAACAGUUGCUUUUCGACCUUGCCAUGGACAAUGAAAACCAGCGAAACUUUUACCAGCAUAUGCGGAGGUUUGCAUUUAGCAUUAUCAUGACCAACACGUUCGGCACGCGCGUGAAGAACUGGGAUCAUCCUGAUGCGCAAAAUGCAGUACGCAGUCAAGCGAUCCUGCGACGAACAUCAAAGCCCGGCGCUUUCCUGGUGGAUGAGUUCCCACCAUUGGCUCUUCUGCCAAAUUGGCUUCAGCCUGGACGAAAAGAUGCGAUUGAAGCAGCCAAGGAAGUCCUUGACAUCAAGAUGGGGCUAUGGCGCCGUCUGCAAAGACAGUAUGAGGCGGGGAAGGCACCUCACUGUUUUGCACGAAGCAUCAUUGAAAACAAGGAUUAUUGGUAUGGUCAAGGCCUCAAUGACGAGGACUUAGCCUGGGUUGCUGGCGGUCUUGUCGAGGCAGGAUUCGAGACAUCCGCCGCGACUUUGAAUAGUCUCGUGCUUCAGCUUGCUGCAAAUCCACGUGCGCAAAAAGCCGCCCACGAUGAGCUGAUGAGAGUGGUUGGGCCAAAUCGCCUUCCUAAAUUCGAGGACAUGGCAAAUCUACCUUAUAUCCGCGCUUGUGUGAAGGAGAUGCUUCGCAUGAACCCAAUCCUGGCCCCGGGCAUCCGUCACUUUGCAGACCAAGACGUUGUAUACAAAAACCAUGUCAUUCCCAAGGGCACCGUGCUUCUUGCUAACACGGCAUUCCUGCACUAUGAUCCGACACGAUUCGAAAAGCCGUUCGAAUUCAUGCCGGAGCGCUUCCUUGAGCAUAAGCUGUUCAGCUCUGAGUAUGCGGCUAUGAGUGACCCGUACAAGCGAGAUCAUUUUACCUUUAGCACGGGUAGACGUACAUGUCCCGGUGCUCGCCUCGCAGAGAGCUCGCUAGACAUCGCUGUCAGUGGUAUGCUAUGGGCCUUUGAAAUUCGACCGCCAGUGGUAGAUGGCGUUGAAGCAGAGGUGGACUUGAGUGACAAUGCGUAUCCCGACGGUGGCUUCACCAUUCCCAAGCCCUUUGCCGCUAGAUUCGUACCCAGAAGCGCAGAAAGGCUUGAGAUUGUCAAAAAUCAGUGGCAAGUCGCGAUGCAAGAAGGAUACGAGUUGCGCGGUAUUUCGGUUGACCUGAACGGAAUGGUUCAGCAAUGA